CUUUACCGCCGGCUGCACUCUUCCUUUGCUUGUCCUAUUCACCAAAUAGCUUCCAUAUUUCUACCCAUCUUGUAACAUUUAAGCUUCUCCCAGUCACAACCGGCCCCUUUCCUUCAUUUUUUUUUUUAUGCUUCCCCAGAUCUACCCAAAACAGCAACCUACUUCUUUCAAAUUUCCAAAUCUACUGCCGGCUGCACUCUCUUCCUUUGCUUGUUCAAAUCUGCUACCAUACUCAGUGGUCCUUACCGAAAAUCUUCCUUCCCCCACAAAUCUGCCUGGCUUGGCUUGUGUUCGGUGGACCCAGUAUCGAGCAGCCUUCCUUUGCCAAAAUUAUUUCCAUGGCUCAUGACUGACAAGAACAAUCCAUGCCAACCGGAUCUGUUUCCAUGGCUAGUUCAAAGGCCACUCAUUGCUUAAAAUCACCCCCACCAGAUUUGGUUAAACUCUUUCAAAACCAAAAUCUUCAAAAUGAUGUGAACCGGGUACUCCAGCAACAAAAACCAUGCCAUUCAAAUCAAAAUUUCGUACCUCAUAAAAAAUCUGAGAUUUUGGGUCCUUAUUUUGUGUCUCAUCCACCAGCCUCUCUUGCCUCCAUUUACCCACAGCCCAAAGAACAUCUUCUCCCCUUUCAAGUAAAACCUGAUUGGAGUAAAUGGAUUAGUUCUUUUGGAGCUUGGUCGUCUUGGCGGAAAUCAGAAUGGACUGAUUGGAUAAACCGUUUGAAACCUGCUUUUGGUCAAAUUUGGAGAGAUGCAGGCUUGUUUGAAUUUAUACAACUCACCAAAUGCAGUUCGUUAACUGGAUUGCCCUGUACUGGAGAAGAAGUUUCAGCAUUGUUAACCUUGCCUCCAGGUGUUAAGUACAAUGUAGAGUUAAAGCCCUCUUAUCCAGCCUUUGUGAGGUCUGCCUAUGAUAAAAGUAAGCCUGUCAGUGCUGAUGAGCAUAUUUCCUUUCUGCUUAUUUUGAUUUGCAAAUAUAUAGUCUGCUCUGCUGGUAAAGGUCCCACUAAAGAGUUUAUUCUUUUAGCUGCUGCUUUAGCAUAUGGUAGACAAAUGGCUCUGGAUCCUUUUUUGCUUGCUCAUUUGUACAGGAGUUGCCAAAAUAUCACAGCUCACCCCUUAGUCAUUAGUGGUGGGCCGCUUUGGGUUUUGCAGUUGUGGUUAUAUUCUUAUUUUCCAGCCCUUGCUCCUAUCUCAUCCGCUGUUCCCGCCCGAGAUCUACUCACUUACGGCUUCAUGUUCAAGAAUGCCGUGGAGAGCAAGAGAAGCUUUGAGGAGUGCUUAAAAUUUUUUGCUUCUCUUUCUAUUGACAAACCCGAUUCAGAUUUUGCUGUGUUUCUCGGCAAAUCUCACGGUCCUUCAUGUUUGAAUACUCUUAACUCCAAGUGCGGCAAGGAGCUCUAUGCACCAAACCAACUCUGUCGGCAGCUAGGGUACUGCCAAGACAUACCAUUCCCGCCACUAUUCUCCUUCAACCACAGCUAUCCUCUUCGCUGCACUUCCUCCUACAGAAGUUGGUGGCGAGACUACUUCCAUCCUCAGUUCCUCGGUGUUAUGGACAAUAUUUCUGCUCUGGCUCCUCCACCACUCACCAAAAAAUUUGAAGAGAAGAAAGUUGUAAAGGAGAGUGAAGACCUGGAAUCUGCAAUGGCCGCCCAGAUCAGCCAGCCAAAUCUACCAAGGAGAGCUCCCAAAGCUCAAGUCAAAAGGAAAUUUGCUACUCCUGCAGAUUCCACGGAAGAAGAUACCCCCUCCAAGCAGCGAAGAACCGGAGGGAUCAAGAGGUCAGCAAUAAAACCAUCUGCAGCCAAAAAACUUAUCAAGUCUACCUCUCCCUCAAGGUCCUCUUUUGCCACGGAAACCGAGACGCAACCUGACAAAACAAAAGAUGUUUCCCUCGGUCCUACUACCACAAAAGCUCCUGUUGAAGACAUAUCUGCUGAGGGUGAUAAAAGCAAUUUUGGCUCCUCUCGUACCAAAUCUGGCGAUGGUUCUUCACCCCCAACAAAGGUUAGGGGUUCUAGAUUCUCUUCACACAUAGCAAGCAAAAGCUUUAGAACAGUUAGACCGAAUGAACUCAUCGAUCUAAGUCCAGACAAAGAGAAUACCCCUAUACCUAUAGCUUCUCCUACUAGGCAUGUUCAUGUUGAUGACAUUAAGGUUGUUUUACUAUUCUGAAAUCUGCUUAGAUCUUGAAAUCUGUCACCAUAUCUGCCAGUUGCCAUUUUUGAUCUUUUGUCUUUGCAUUUUAUAAAGUGUUGAUGCUGAUGUGCCCAUGAUUGAUGAUGAUUUGGAGAAUGAACUCCUUGCCCAGCUGGACAUGUUGAUGGAUACUCCGGCUAAAUCUGGAUCUGCCACAGAUAGUAAAGGGGAGGCAGUUGCUGAAGAAGUGGAUUUUGAUAUCAACCUCCCUACCCAAGAGCAAAUUAGCUUCGCCAUCAUGACCUUGUAAGAGCUCCUUGAUGGUGGUCCUUCUCAUUUCUGCAAGGUGCCGGACCAGCCAGCCGCCUUUGAAGCAGCUCAAAUCCUUAGUCGAGCUCCACAAUUUUCAUCAACUCAACAAAAGUUCUGGGCAGACUUCACCACCAUCUAUACCCAUUUCAGCAGAAAAUUCUGGGUGCUUGAAAGCAAGAUAGCGGCUGUAGAGUCUGUGAGGAAAUCUAUAGCGGAUAGCACUGCCGCUGUCUUCAAGAAGAAGGAAGAAUUCAUGGCAGCAAAGGAGGCUCAUAUCAUGUAAAUUAAACAUCUCCAAGGUCUUAAAGAAGAAAUCUCCAACCUUGAAGCCAAGCUUUCAGAGUUAAGGAACCAAGUUCCUCUUGCGGAGCAAACCGAGAAGAAUUUGGCAGAACAAAGAAACAAGCUCCACGUGGACAUGGAAACUGGUUUGAAAUCUACUGCCAAGAUUAAGGAGCAGCUACCUUCUUUCAUAGCCUCUGCAGAUGAAGCCGUUGAAGAAAUAAAGAACAUGAGAGAAGAAUGGAGCACUUGGCAAAACAACCUUUGUUGAUUUUUCUCUUAUGUAUCUCCUUGUCUUUUUGGUUGGUUGAAAUUGCACAUUGUCAUGUUUGAACUUAUUGUUUGCGGCCCAUAGGCCAUGCAAACCUCUUUUUCAAUGUUGAUCUCUUUCUUGGCUCAUAUUCUGGAAAUCUGCUUCUUGUACUUUUUGUUCAUA